AUGUCUCUCUUUAAGGCAGUGUUGACCACACUGUCAGUGUCCACCAUCGUUUCGGCCUCUGCCAUUCCCUUGGUCGAGCGUCAAGACAAUGGCAGUGCCGCUCCCGCCCCCACUGACGCUCCCGCCCCGGCCCCCGAUGUCGACUGCGCACCCAAUUCGUCCACUGGCCUAAAGGCAGAGUGCUGGAAAGCUUUGGACAUGGACAAGUACAUCAAGGAUUGGGUCGCUGCCAACGGUACUGCAGCCAACUGCGAGGAGCUCGGCUUUGCUCAAUGUUAUCUCCAGGCCAACGGCUUCACUGGUCUCACUUGCAACCUGAUCACCAGCGACACUUGCCCACCUUUCAACACCAAGAGCGUCGAGAAGUACGAGUCUAACCAGCAGUUCUACGCUCUCUGGAACAUCUACACCAUCUACCAAUUCUUCAACCAGUACUCCCAAGCUCUCAGCAAUGGUGCUUCCCUUGCUGGACAAACAGUCGAUGCUAUCGUCGCCAAGGUUGCUCCUCCCGUCGAAGCCAACACGCCCCAGAGCGAACUCUUCAGUGUCCUUACUUCCACUCUCGGAGUGGUCUCCACAUUCACCGGUCUUGUCCCUGGAAACGCCGGUCUAGGUGUAGGCUUGAUCAGGGGUGGUCUCUCUUCUGCCCUGGACCUUGCUGGCAAGCUCGGCAAGCCUUUGAAGAUCACUCAGAAAGCAGAUGACCGCUUUGUCCAGCUUGGUGACAUUGGUUCCGGCUUGGCCAAGUUCGUCGAGACGUACCAGCAGAACCUUCUUGACAGUGUCAAGACGAUCCAGGGUGACCAAGAGCUCUUCCUCGCUGCUUGCGCCGAGGGUGGAUUCUCUCAGCGAGUCACCACUUCGCUUACUAUUCAAGCCAGCACUCUCUACCGCCAGCUUCAGCUCUUCAUCCUCUCAAGCGCCCUCAAGGCCAACGGUAUCAUCUCUUCCCGAAGCACCGGCAUCCUUGCUCAGGACGUUGCCAGAGACACUGGUGAAGUCACAUGCGACAGUCUUAGUGCCGCCAGCAGCUGCUUCCAGUGGUUUGUCGAUGAAAAGGCCAAGAACACCUAUUCCUUCCACAACCCCAACGACUGGAGCAACACCCACAUCGAUCUCAUGGUGGCCAUCAUCGAUAACGGAUGGGCCGACCUUGCUGAUGUUUUCGAGAUCGAGAACUGCGCUGGCAAGACACCUGAGUUUGACCCUGCCACUCUUGGUAUCACAUGUCUUGCUACUCACGGCUACUGCGAGUGGGAUUACUCAGGCAAGCUUCCCUCCACUACCAGGAAGCAGUGGACGAACUGCGACAACGACAGCAAGUGGGGUACACUUUGCAGCAGCUUUGCCGAGGGUAAACUUGUUCCCGAAUCUUACCUCGGCCCUCUAUUGUCCAACAGUGCCUUUUUCUGCAAGAGGCAGUAA